AUGCCAAUUUCCAAUGGAGACGCAUCGGGGAGCGCUUAUGAGCGUUUCUCGGGCAACUCAGCGUUCCUGGACCACACAAAGGCGCUGGAAGUCCUGAAAAACGAUUAUGCUGGUGAUGGCCUGGAUAUCAAUCAACUGAUAGAUUCCGAGAAGCGGGGAGCACUGACCUAUAAUGAUUUCCUGAUCCUUCCAGGAUACAUUGGAUUCCCCGCAUCCGACGUUUCUCUCGAAACUCCUGUCACAAGACGGAUCACCUUGAAAGCCCCCCUGCUUUCUUCGCCGAUGGACACGGUCACUGAACACUCGAUGGCUAUCCAUAUGGCUCUUCUUGGUGGCCUUGGUGUGAUCCACCACAACUGCUCUGCAGAGGACCAAGCAAAUAUGGUAAGAAAGGUCAAGCGGUAUGAAAACGGGUUCAUAUUAGAGCCUGUUGUUCUGUCCCCGACGACAACGGUGGCAGAGGCCAAGGCUCUGAAGGAGAAAUGGGGAUUUGGUGGAUUCCCAGUCACAGAAAAUGGAACUCUCCCUUCGAAACUGAUUGGAAUGAUCACCAGCAGAGACAUCCAGUUCCAUCCUACUGGUGAAGACCCUGUCCCAGCUGUCAUGACUACUGACCUCCUUACGGCCCCCUCGGGGACCACACUCGCCGAAGCAAAUGAGGUCCGAUCUCAUGAAGAACCUUCACUACCCUACUUGGCUUCCAAGCUUCCGCACUCCAAGCAACUUAUCUGCGCCGCCGCCAUAUGCACCCGUCCCGAGGACAAAGAAAGGCUCCCGAAAUUGAUAGAGGCUGGUCUCGACAUUGUCAUCUUGGAUAGCAGCCAGGGCAACAGCAUCUAUCAGAUAGAGAUGAUCAAAUAUAGAACCAAGCAGCUGCCCUUAUUGCCGCAGGUGCGGAUGGUCUCCGUAUUGGUAUGGGCAGCGGAAGUGCUUGCAUCACACAAGAAGUUAUGGCCGUCGGGAGACCCCAGGCUGCAGCUGUGCGCAGUGUAUCCCAAUUUGCUGCACGCUUCGGAGUCCCCUGUAUUGCGGAUGGCGGUAUUCAGAAUAUUGGCCCAUAUUGUCAAAGGCCUAGCGAUGGGCGCUACCACCGUUAUGAUGGGUGGGCUCUUGGCUGGUACUACUGAAUCCCCUGGCUCCUACUUCGUCAGCAGAGAAGGCCAGCUCGUUAAGGCUUAUCGGGGAAUGGGAAGCAUCGACGCGAUGGAGGAUAAAAAGGCUGGAGGUGGCAAAGGGGGCCAAGCAAACAAUGCUGGUACUGCACGAUACUUCUCGGAAUCGGACAGACUCCUCGUAGCCCAGGGUGUUUCGGGCUCAGUUUUGGAUCGCGGAUCUGUGACAAAGUUCGUGCCGUACCUCAUGGCCGGUAUCCAGCACUCCCUUCAGGAUAUCGGGGUCAAAAGCCUGAAGGAGCUUCACGAUGGUGUCGCCGCUGGCACCGUUAGGUUUGAGGUGCGCAGCGUCAGUGCUCAGGCUGAGGGUGGCGUCCAUGGCUUGCACAGCUUCGACAAGAAGUUGUAUUCUUAG